AAUUUUCUUCAGUUUGUUGUCCAUCUGAAAAUCCAUAUAUUUAUUCAUUUCAAAGUUCGAUUAAAACGUCCAGUUAAAAGUUCGGUGACAAGGGACGAUUGACAUGGCGCGCAGUCCUCACCAUAGCGCGAGAGGAGGAAUCGCGAGCGCGCGAGGCAAAACUUAAAUAGAAAAUAUUUCGUUGGAAUUAAAUGAGUAGUAUGUUUAAGCAUCUUGUCUUGCAAAAAAUUCGAGUGCGUUUUAAAUAGUGUUCAUCAGUAACACUUUUGAAAACCGACAAUCAUCAUAUCUUGCCCUGACCGAACAAUGUCUCCCAAAUGUUGGUUGUUCACUUGUUUAGAAUUAUAAUUUAUAUCGUGAGCAUUGUCGUAUAUUGCAUAAGUAACGUACAUUAAAGAAGUGAUCUUCGUGAUGAUGUAUCAACUAGAUGCAUGUAAGUAUGAACGUUACGGGAGUAAUCGAGCCCAAAGGCAGGCGUGAUAAACACAGUGAGUAUGGUGGCAACUCCCUCACUAGAGCUGAGUGCUGGAUGAUCUCAGCGACGUCCGCAUUCAGUACGCCGCUUCUAUAAUAACCUCGGGCCUGGAGGACGCUCGGUUCGAAUUCGUGAGAGCGCUGAUUUCGGUUUCCAAGAGGCGAGGCGAUAAAAGCGACGUCUUGAGAUGGCGGAAACUGCUCCUGCUCAACCACCAGCUGCGGCUACUUCAGCGCCUAAAAGCCCCAAGAAGAAGCGCGCCGCUCCAAAGGCCAAGAAGGUCGGCCCCAGCGUGUCCGAGCUCAUCCUCAAGGCUCUGGCCAGCAGCAAGGAGAGGAACGGCGUGUCUCUUCCUGCGCUCAAAAAGUCGCUUGCUGCCGGAGGAUACGACGUGGAGAAGAACAAUGCCCGCGUGAAGUUGGCCAUCAAGAAGCUCGUGGCCAAAGACGCCGUGGCGCAAGUGAAGGGCAGCGGCGCGUCUGGCUCUUUCAAACUCAACAAGGAAAAGGCUGCCGCAAAGGCGAAGCCCAAGUCGUCAACGGCAAAGCCCGCAGCUAAAAAGCCCGCGGCAGCCAAGAAGGUGAAGAAGCCCGCGGCAGCCAAGAAGACCGCGCCCAAGAAGUCUCCCAAGAAAGCAAAGAAGCCCGCGGCUGCCAAGGCGGCCAAGAGCCCCAAAAAGGUGAAGUCGGCUGUUAAGCCCAAGAAGGCGGCGAAGAGCCCAGCCAAGCCCAAGGCUGCGAAGCCCAAGGUCGCUAAGCCCAAGACCGUCAAGGCCAAGGCCGCCAAACCCAAGGUGGCCAAGCCCAAGAAGGCCGCGGCCAAGCCCAAGAAGACUGCGCCAAAGAAGUGAAUCCGAUGGGACGACCGACGCUCGAUUCACUCCACCUCAACGGCUCUUUUCAGAGCCACCCACUUCGUUAAAAAAGUGUACCAGAUGCUGCUGCGCUUCAAUUAGUUCAAAUUAACUGUGUAACAUUUCACCCACUCGAUGUGUUUUAAGCAUUGAUGUGAUGGGAGUGAUCGAGCCCGAAAGCAGGGAUCACAAACACAGGCGAGGCGGGUGGCAGCUCCCUCACUCGAACUGAGUGCAGAGUAAUCUCAGCGACGUCAGCAUUCUCGCUGGCGAUUCUAAUUAAAUCCAGAUUCAAAAUCGAUGCAUUCUUGACGAACCUCCAAUUUUGAUUAUGUGUUGCACCUCUUCAUUCCGUCAUCAUGCUACUGGUGCCAAAUAUGGAAUUUAGUCUAAAAAUGUAUUGAUUCCAGACAGCUUUACUCAAUUUGCCUUCAUUCGCUCGUUCUCGCAUUUUCACUUUGUUUUUGUUUUGUAAACAUUGCGGUGCACCAUCUAAACUUAAAAGUAAGUUCAUCUUGUUCACUUGCAAACAAGACCUUACAUCGAUUAUUCACUCCACGUGCAAUCUUGCAACAGAUGGCGUUCCUCUGGCGUUCGCUGCGGGUGUGCCAAUAUCAUUCCAGAGUGCUUCGAAGAAGGGCCAUUGCCCAAAACGUCGCAUAUUAUACAUGUCAAGGAAGUGUUAUUGACGACGGUGGAGGGUUUUCUUCGUCGCAGAGGUUAAAGGUGGAAGGUUUAAGGCGGAGCCAUCGCGGAGGGCAGGGGUGGUCGGUGACGUCGCCACGCUUCGGGUAUAAAGGCGGCUGCUGCUGCAAGCUG